AUGUCCGGAUCGAACUCCGGUAUUGGUUCACGUAUCGAAAUACCAUUUGUCCACCAAAAUGGUUGUAGUAUUGGAUUUGUUCAGUUCCUCGACAAGUGCUACUUCUUCAGUCACACGACUGCAUCGUGGGCCCAGGCGGGGGCUACAUGUCAACAGUUUCAUACAAAGUUAGCCGAGCCGAGGACGGAUGGAGAAUUGAACUUUCUUACAAGCCACAGUCAAAGCACAGGUAAAAAGUAUUGGAUCGGCAUAUCUGACAUUCUGGAAGAACAUCGAUGGAUAUACUCAUCAGACAUGGGGGAGAUCACGGUUAACAACUUCUCCCCAGGGGAACCCACAGCUUAUACCAAAGAAAACUGUGUCGCUAUGUACCAGACUGCACAUGGGAAGUGGGUCGAUGCAGCAUGCACCUAUACUGGUUUUUAUUUUAUAUGUGAGGAAAUCGGAGGAGCCUCCAAUGUAGACGUUAUCGGCUGAGGCGUCUGUUGCUGGUGUACUUCAGAGAAACUGUAAUAUUAGAGUUCAAUGAUUAAACUUUGUGUUUGCC